UUUUAUAAAAUUGUAAACUUGAAUGGGGGUGAACGCAGAGGUGUCAGGGUUCUUUCGCUAUCAGAAAUGGAUGUGGGUAGUAAAAUUUUGCACAUUGUCUCUUUGUUUUUGUGGUUAUAAUAUGUGUGCACUAUAAAAAGUGUAGCUUUUUUGAGAUUCAUCUUCUUUAAUAUGAGUAACUAUUUUGUUAUAAUAGGCGCUUUCUAGGCCUAAAGCGUCUUGCACUAUGAGACACAAGAUAACUUGAAAUAAAGAAAAAAGUCUGUUAUUUUGUGAGCUGGUUACUUGCAACGGAUGCCCGAUUUCACUCGUUUUUCUAUGGAAUCUCUGCAUUCUAAUGCCACAGAGAAUCAUGGAAUCGGCGAGAAAACGAAGCUUUGGACUGCCAUUUAUGAUUAUGAGGCAUCGGGAGAGGACGAAUUGUCACUUCACCGAGGCCAGCAGGUGGAGGUGUUAUCCAAAGACUCAAAAAUAUCCGGCGAUGAGGGAUGGUGGACUGGAAAGAUCUGUGAUAAAGUAGGGAUCUUCCCCAGCAAUUUUGUCCAACUUAUCGACGUUAAUGAUGUGCGGCCCAUGUACAACGAUGGCAGACCCUUUACUAUCAAAUUUUCCGAACUGGAACUGGAAGAAGUCAUUGGUGUUGGUGGAUUCGGAAAAGUGUACAGAGGAUACUGGAGAAAACAAGAGGUGGCAGUUAAGGCUGCUCGCCAGGAUCCAGAUGAAGACAUCAGUGUAACCAUUGAAAAUGUGCGCCAAGAAGCUAAACUGUUUUGGUUGCUCAAUCAUCCUAACAUAGUCACAUUAAAAGGGGUCUGCCUUGAGGAGCCCAAUUUGUGCCUUGUUAUGGAAUAUGCCAAAGGAGGAUCCCUUAAUCGAGUUCUGAGCGGGCGCAAGAUUCCACCCAAUGUACUUGUAAGCUGGGCAAUACAAAUUGCUAGAGGUAUGCAUUAUCUGCAUUCAGAAGCAUGCAUAUCUUUGAUUCACCGAGAUCUCAAGUCAAGUAAUGUGCUAUUGAGUGAGCAAGUAGGCAUUAAUGACUUGCAAAAUAAAACACUGAAAAUCACAGAUUUUGGACUUGCCCGAGAAUUGUACAAAACAACAAGAAUGUCUGCCGCUGGUACAUAUGCAUGGAUGGCUCCUGAAGUUAUCAAAUCUUCUACGUUUUCCAAAGCUAGUGAUGUUUGGAGCUAUGGUGUUGUUUUAUGGGAGCUUUUGACAGGUGAAAUCCCUUAUAAAGGCAUCGAUACUCUGGCUGUAGCUUAUGGAGUUGCUGUAAAUAAACUUACUUUGCCCAUUCCUUCCACGUGUCCAAAGCCUUUUUCAGAACUAAUGAAAGGCUGUUGGAACCCUGACCCUCAUCAAAGACCCACAUUUGACAUAAUUUUACAAAAAUUAGAAGCCAUAGCCCGAUCUCCUUUCAUGAAUACUCCCCAAGAAUCAUUUCAUUCAGAACAAGAAAAAUGGAAGAGCGAAAUAGAAGAAAUGUUCCAUGAGCUGCGUCGAAAAGAAAAGGAACUUCGAUGUCGAGAAGAGGAAUUGAAAAAAGCUCUCAUCCAACAAAAACUACAAGAAGAACUGCUGAAAAAAAGAGAAAAAGAACUGCAUGACCGAGAGAUUGAUCUCUUGGAGCGUGAACUGAACAUCAUGAUCCUUCAGCAACAGCAGGACCGUCCCACGCCAAAGAAAAGGAAAGGAAAGUUCAAAAAGAGCAAAUUAAGAUUGUUGAAAAAUGGAGGUCAGCAAAUAAGCAUGCCUUCAGAUUUUCGGCAUAACAUAACAGUACAACAAAGUCCUACUGUACGAGGAAACUUAAAAGGUUUACAUAAUCCAUCUAGUCCUGACAGCCCACCUCCUUCACCCAAUCUACCUCGCCUACGAGCUUAUGCCUUACAAACGGAUGGUUUGAAAGGUAAAACCUGGGGGCCAAGCACAGUCCACCAGAAAGAACGUUGCCAUUCUCGACAAAUGCUGCUGGUGGAUGGCAAUAAAAGAUGGUCUAAAAGUGCUCCAAACUUGGAAAAAUCUCCAUUGCCAUUAUCCAUUGGAGGAAUUUUGAAUGCUGCUGUAUCAAGUGACAAUGCAUACGAAAAUGAAAUUUCAUCCAGUGCCAGAACCUACAAUGGAGAAUUGUCUGGAAGUUCAAAGCGCUCCUCUCUUCCACGAAAGUUUGUGGGCUCUUUUAUAGAGAACAUGGGUGCCAUUCUUGCCUCAGUUGCUGCAGGUUUUGAUAUUAGAACAGCAAAAUACACAUCCUUGCAUCCUCGUCUUCCCCCAACGUGGCCAGAUGAUGGAGGAGAUGACGAAGCAUGGUGGCCAAAAGAGACAGGGCCGCCAAAACUUGGUGUUGAUUAUGAAUUUUCCUCAUCAUCUGGUUACCCCCACAACACUUACCAUGGCCAAACUCGUCACUAUCGACCUAGUCUUAAUAUGGAUGGUGCCUCUCAAAUAAAGUACUGUGAUCUGCAGUGGAACAAUAAUAUUGCUAAUGCCUCUCCUCUGCCAACUCCUCGUAAGCUCUCCACCACUAGUUGUGAGAGUGACAAUAAUUUCAGUUCAAACUUUGAUUCAAACUUCACUGAAAGAGUAGGAGAGGAAAAGACUUAUUCUGAAUGGGCUUGCCUUCAAGGAACUUAUGCUUAUGAUAAUCCCGGUUCACAGAUUUCCACUUCCAGUGACUUGGGCACUAUCCCAACUCGCAUGUCCCAAAGAGGGAAAUAUGGUCAUCGACGAACACCAUCCAAUGUCUCAAAUGCAUCCAAUGCAUCAUCAAACAUCAAUCCUUCUUUUCAUAGUGACGAGGCAGAUGGAAUCGAUUCUGAGGUCCAGACGGCGGCACGUUUACUUACGUAUACAGCCAAUCCUCCUGUGUAUCAACGGAGGAAAAGCCAGGAACGUCCAGCCACCAGGCCAUCUACCCUGGAUCUCCACAGUAACCGACUUCCACCUCUCCCAAAAAAAAGUGGUCUAGGUAGGACUUCUCCAAAGCAGUGGACAGCUUUCUCUAAUUCGAGCUCACCCUCCAGAACAACGCCAACAGAUGGACUGGGCACGCCCAGUGAUGAAAGCUCUGGAAGCACAGGCGGAUCAAGGGUUCGCUUCUCCAUUGAUGAAAGUGGCGGAUAUGUCAAUCGCGCAGCCAGAGCUGAAGAGGAUCGAACCCUGUUGGAUCUGCCUGUGGAUGGUCAGUCACAGGAUGGUACAAUUCCAUUGUCUGUUGCAUUCCAACGUGGUUUCAAACAGCGUCAAAUAAUAUCCCGUCAAUGGGAAAAGGGCUACUUAGCAUAAUAAGCCUUAUUACAUAAGUGUCAUCAAGAAAUUUUUUUUUCAGGUGAACUUGGAAGUUGCCUUUUUGAUUUAUGCCAAGAUAUGCCAUUGUCCCAUUUUGGAGAGUCUGAUAAAAGACAUCUUGCAUCAUACCAUUCACGCAAUGUAUAUGUCACAGAAGUUUUAUCUUAAAUAAGGUGAUGAAACAACAUUACAAAAUGUGACACAUUCUGUUAUGAUACAUUAUGCCAAAGGAAUUGUUGAAUACUCUUUUUAUAACACCAUUUGUCUUGCUUUCUGAUUGCUCAUGUAUCUUUGUGGCUACUGUCUGCUCUCAAGUUCAUCAUCAAAAGGAAAAAAAAAAAUCUACUAAGGUGGCUUUUUUUUCUCUUGUUAUUAUGAAGGAACUGUUAAAUUAAAGAAAUCCAAUAUGGCACUAAAAUUGUUUCAUUUUUCCAUCUUUGAAUAUCAGCUUAUUUAUAAACAAGACGACCAAAGUAAAGAGUAUGUUGUCUUCCAUUCCCAAGGCAAAUUUAGAAAUUGUAAUCAUAUCCAUUGCAUUCCAGCAUGGGACCCUGGCUGUUUGACAUAAUUAAAAGAGCUAAACAACAUUUGAGUUUUUCUUUUUUCUGAACUUGUAAAUCAUAUUUAUAUGUUUAUGCCAAAAUAUGCUCAUAAACAUUACAUUCCUUUGGAUGACAGUGUAACUCAAUUUCUAGACAUUAAUUGUGGUUAUGGUAUUUUGAGAUACUUAAAUGGAAAUUGUGCUCUAUUUUUAUAACUAAAGGAACCAUAUCUACUAUCAGAUUUUUAACAUUCCCUGUCAUUAUAUUAACACUAAAUGUACUAGUUUUGUUCUGUUAUUAAAAUAUUUAGUAAGAUUUAAUUUGAAUUUCAAAAUUCCUGUUCUUGAAGCCAUUUAAAAAAGAAUUUCCCCAAUUCAUAAGUAUUUAACAUUUAUUUGCAUGUGCAGUAACUACUACAGAUCUGACUUGUAAAAUUUCAUUGAACCGUGUACAAAUUAGUGUAAUCGUAUGUUUGUUUUACUUUCUUUUGUGUAUUCAAUUGACCAUUUGUUAAGAUAUUUAAGUAAUCUGUUAAAAUAUUUUUAUUGGCUAAUCUGAUACAUAUAAUGAGUAAUCAUAUAUAACGUGUUUUGUGUGAUAAAGAAUGAUAUUUAUGAAUGUUUGAAACUUUUUAUAUCAAUUUUAUGUAUGUGAUAGAAAGUGCGUUAGGAUCAUUUUCUACAGCUUUAAGCUAUAGAACUUGAUCAAAAAUGUUUUCUAAUUAAUUUUAAAAUCAAAAUGCAUUAGAAAACAUUGUUUUUAUAGUUAGAAGCUUUCUAAUGGCAUGUUUAAACAGAAAAGUAUUGUAAAUAUUUGAUACUACACGUUUAGGUUAUUUUACUUAAAACUGUUGCUAUUUAGAUAUGUAGUUUACUGUUGCUACUUUAUUAAAAUAUGAUUAUUGAAAGAAUUUUUUAAAAAGUUUAAUCGUUUCUUUUAAUAUAGAAAAUAUAUUUAUUACUGUUUAUUUAUAUAUAUCUAUGUAUACAUAUAUUUACCAAAUUCAAAUUUAUAUAUAAAAUUUUUAUACCUAAAAUUUGUAUUUGCAUAUUGGGUAAUAACAAAUAUAUUGGAUUUGGCAUUUUUAAAUAUAUAUUUUAAUAUUGUAUAUAUGAAGAGAUAAAUCAAAAAAAAAAUUUAAAUAAGAUAUUUAUAUUCUGAAUAAUCAGAAAAAGUUAAUUUUUUCCCCUCUUGCUGCAAGAUUUUCAUCACUUACUGUAUGCUGCGUGUUUGUGUUAAUAUUGCAUUAGAUAGAACCUAAAUGUGUAGUAUUUGCUCAAAAUAAAUUAAGAAAAAAUUGCAUAUUUGUUUUCUGCAGAAAGUACUUACAAUUUUUUUUAUUCAGUGGUUGUAUGAUAGGUGAAAUAGUGUGAUACUAAGGACCAAUAUUUUUCACCUUAACUUUAAGAAAUAAAUAUAAUUUAUGAGCUUUUGUGAGUUUAUAAAACUAGUUUUUAAAUACUUGUGAUGUUUUCCUUGUAAAAAAUGCAUUGUUAUACAUUUUUUUUCAUAAUUAGAACAAGAUAACUUAUGAACUACUUUUCAUCAAUGCAUGUAGUAAAAUUUUGCCAUAUAGAUGAAAAUCAAUUUGUCCUAACAAUUAUCAUUUGAAACUAUUUAUAUCUCGUAACAAAUGUCUGCUGUAAAAAUUUCAAAGUGCCUAAAAUUUUUAAAAGUUGCCUUUUCUUUUAUCAAAAAAGGAAGAUCAUAAUAUUUUUGUAAAUAUCUAACUUUACAUGUUUAACAAUGUAUGCAAUAUUAAGUUAAUAAAUGUAACCUGUUUGUUGUUAA